AUGAAGCCGAGACACAGCGUCCACACGCUGCUGGUGUGCUGCAGUGUGUUUUGGGUAGUCGUCUCCUCCUUCAGGGUUAAAGCUCCUUCUCCUCCUCCCAGCUGUAACGCCUCGCUGGCGUUCUCCUCCGACGUCUCCUCAUCGUCUGAAGGAAACGGGAACAUCCACCGCAGGUCUCUGUCUGCUUGGACGUGGAGGUCCAGUACGGUGAAGAACCGGAUCCCGUCUACGCUUUGGGAGGCUGAGUGCAGCAGCAGCUUCUGUUCCAGUCCGGACCCGGGUCACUCAGACCACCACUCCCUGAACUCGGUCCCGGUCCACCAGAACGUCCUGGUCCUGACCCGCAGGGACGCAGACGGCUGCUACACCGCCGCGUACCGCUCCGUGGCCGUCGGCUGCACCUGCGUCUGGGCCAAGACCAGCAACUGAACCAGGACCAGCUGGACCAGGACCGCCUGAACCAGGAUCAGCUGAACCUGGACCUCCUGACCUGAAACCUGAACCAGCUGAACCUGGACCGCCUGGACCAGGACCAGCUGGACCUGGACCUGAACCACCUGAACUUGAACCUGAAUUGGAAUUGUAACAAUAAGACUGAUAAAAAAAACAAAAAUCUGGAAUUUGAUAUUUAUUGAUUUGAUUAUGUGAUUAAAAU